AUGUAUCCUUCUCUUGAGGAUGAUUUCGUCGCUGAUUUUAAUGGUGCAGAACUCGAUGAUUAUACACAAUUUGGUGUAAAUUUGCCAGAUUUUGGAUCAUACGAACCAGAAGAAAUCUUCACCAUUGAUACACAAUUCGGAGUUUUGCAGCAAGAACCAGAACAAUUUGGAGGGAAAAUUGAUUGUGGUUUUGUGCAGGAAGAAGAAGAAGUUGAAGUAGAGGUCAAUUCUGGAUCAUCUGGUGUAGGUGUUAAGCAAGAACAUGACAAUUUAGAUGACGAAUGUUCGCGAAAACGGUUCAUGGAUUUGAGCUCGGUUUUGGAGCCUGGAAGGAGUCCGAAGACGGAUAAACCGGCUAUACUCGAUGAUGCAAUCCGUGUCUUGAAACAACUUAGAGAUGAAGCUCAUGAGCUUGAAGAAACUAACCAAAAGCUUUUAGACGAGAUCAAGAGUCUCAAGGCGGAGAAAAACGAGCUAAGGGAGGAAAAGCUGGUGUUGAAGGCGGAUAAAGAGAAGACGGAGCAGCAGUUAAAGUCCAUGGUGAUUCCAACUUCAGGGUUCAUGCCUCAGAUUCCAGCUGCAUUUAAUCACAACAAAAUGGCUGUUUACCCGAGUUACGGUUACAUGCCAAUGUGGCAUUACUUGCCUCAAUCGGUUCGUGAUACGUCCCGAGAUGAAGAACUCAGGCCUCCUGCUGCUUAA